UUUAAUGUAACCCAUGCAAUGAGACUUUCCAGUUUUUUGUGUUUUUUUAUUACAAUAACUUACUCUUUAAGAAAAGCAUCUUUUCGACAUACAUCUGCGAGAUUUUCUCUUCCUCUCUAUAGAAAAGGAGAAAAGAAAAAAUUAGAUAGCCGUAUUUAUGGAGGAAUCUCAUGUUCUACUGAGGAUUAUCCGUUUAUGGUAUUAAUAACAGGAAAAACGGAGAAUGUUUGGAUGAGGAUUUGCGGGGGAUCCUUACUUAAUGAACGAUGGGUUUUAACCGCCGCCCAUUGUAUAAAGCACCAAGAUGGUAUUUAUGGCGUUUUGGUAUCAUUGAGUCUAAAGGCUGAAGAGGUGCUGCCAGUAAAUAGAAAAAUUGUCCACCCUAAUUAUAAUCCUCGGACUUUCAAAGCUGAUAUUGCUCUAAUAAGUUUAAAGGAACCUAUUGAAAGUAGCCCAAAUGUUGGAUUUGUUACGCUUCCUACUAAAGAAUAUGAUUUUAAAGAACAAACAGCGCCUUACUGCUCACAAGGACUAAUAAUGGGCUGGGGAGUUAUGUCAAAUCACACGGUGCCAGACCUAUUUGAUCUGCAAUGUGCCAAAGUACCUAUGUUGUCAGAUGAGGAGUGUCGAUUUACUCUUGGCCUCAAACAAGUAGUUCUAAGCAAUGAUCAAAUCUGUACUUUGUCAUUUAAAGGUAUAGAUACAUGCCAGGGAGAUUCCGGUGGUCCACUGUUAUGUCAUAAUGUGCAAGUGGGAAUUAUUUCUUGGGGAUUUUCCUGUGGAGGACCAGACAGUCCAGGAGUUUAUUUAAAACUAGAUAAAUAUUUACCAUUUAUACAGAAUGUUAUGAUGAAUUCAUCAUAUAGAAUUAUGUCGGAUAUACUUAAAUAUGCGUACAAAUUAAUUGGGUUUUCGUUUUUAACGUUUUAUUAUAUUUAAAAUAAAAAAAAUGUAUGUA